AAGGAGUGGGUCUCGAUUAGUUGAAAAUAUCCACCCACUGGCGAUUCCUUUCCUUGGAGGUUCACACAAUCAGUUCUGCAGAAAGACCCUUGAUGUUAGAAUCUUUCGUUUACCAAAUGGUUUCUUCAGAUCGCCAAGACCACAAUAGCCCCAUACCUUGGGUCAGCACAGCCAACCGAGCUAUACAGCACGUGUAAACAUUGUACGAUUGUACGAAGUUCCCAGCAUUUACACCGAGCGUGACUGCAAGGGCAUUUCCGAAUCUCAAGUUCUCAACCGCCUUGCCAUUGCGAAUCUCCAGUUAUGGCAGAGGGUAUGAGCGCAGGCGCGCCCACUGUGUCCGGGACAGACGAAGCAUUUCACCACAAUAACCAACCACCACCGGUCAUUGGUCUUUCCACCAGCGGAUCAGCAAGCGACGCAAACGAGGGUAGCAACGCUUCGUCGAGGACGACCCAUGCUACGGGCGCAGAUGAAGGCGACAAAUGCCUUGCGGCACCACCGUCCUCCACACCUCGACUAGACACAACGCCACCACGGCUGAGAGCCCAUUUUCCAGAUGAGUCACAUCAGCUUGAGCAUACGUUCUCUACGCGGCCCAUACCAAUUCAGACACGGUCCUCGAGGUAUGGGGAGAACGAUCGAGAUCCUACCAGACAUCGUGGCGCGUGGCAAUCAUUUCGAGAUUGGUGGGAGGAAUGGCGGCAAGAUCUAGGCUCGCCGGAAAAGCACCAGGAAAUCACCAACUUGAUAGGGGACACGGGGAUCGAUGUGUAUGCGAUCCGAAAAAUGAAGUCGCAUGGGAGGAUAGCGAGUCUGGUGAGAUGUCCCAUUCUUUAAAUCUUACCUGCCUCAACCGCUGAAUAUCAACCAAGGUGGCACCAUCUGUGAUGCUCGCACGGCCUGGUUUGGGUCAUACCGAGUCGAGCACAGCCGUGCCGACUCUAGGCAAUUCUUCAUACACCAGC